CUCUGGACAGGUUUUGAUAAAUCUCCCCCAAUGUUUUUACUAAUCUUUUUCUAGCUUCUGAUCGUUUUUGUUUAAUUUUUGGAUAUUAUUAUUGGGGGGGGAGACAGACAUAUUGCCAGAGCUUUUGUUCUACCCCAUUAAUAACAUUUAGAGAGAUGAUGUGGAGCACCCUCAUAGACCAAAGGAACCAAUAGACUGGAGAAGACUCACUGUCUCCAGUGCUGUGGGCAUGCUUUUGACCUGUGCAGACGUCAUUGUGCAGGGAAGGGGAGGAGCUGUAGCCAUCGCCUAUUGUGAAUGGUGGAUCCUGUCUUAUUUAUCGACUGGCGUCAUCUUUUGGUUUUAUCCUGUCUAUGAUUAUAAGGAGGGCACUGCUGAAAGAUUUUUUUUCUACAGAACAGGAAAUUUAGGACAGGGAACAGUUUUGAAAAUAAAUUAUCUCUGUUUUUUGAUUCCUGGAUAACCCCUUUAAGCAAUAGGUCAUUUUCUGAUGACAUAUGCUGUGUACCUUUUAAAUACAUUGUGUCCUCCCUUGAGAUGACUGGACCAUCUGUACAUGCAGCCCGGCUGGGAUCUGACGCUCGGGUUCCUUGCCUGUUCCCAGUGGACAAUCCUCCUGUAGAUCCUGAACAUCUAAGAGUAUUUUGGAACUUCCAAGAUAAGGAAAUCCUGAGCUAUAAUAGAACAGUAAGGACGACAUCUUCUAGAUAUUCCCUGAGCAUUGGAGCAUUAGGAGAUGGAAUCGCUAAUCUGACUAUUUCUAAUAUACACAUUCCUGAUGGUGGAAUGUACAAGUGUUCAGUGACCUACCGCUCAGAGAGGAAGGACAAGGAGGUCCGCUUGGACAUUGGAGCUCCUCCGCAGGUGAUGAUUACAGGUAAUACAGUUGUCAUGAAUAAGGAGAAUGUCUUAACCUGCUCCAUCACUGGAUUCUACCCUGUGGACAUUGAUGUUAAAUGGUUCAAGGAUGGAGAAAAACUGAACAAUAUUUUUGUUGGUGACCCCUGGAGAAACCCAGGCAGAACCUACAAUGUGAAUAGCACCCUGACGAUAACACCCACUGAGGAGGACAGAGAGCGGAUCUUCUCAUGUAGAGUCCAACAUGAAUUUCUACAAGAGCCUCUCCAGAAAAACUUCCAUCUAGUGUAUAAAGACAGAACCUCGGCUGUGAUCAUUGGCGUAUGUUGUAUCAUUAUACCGAUAAUUCUCAUCGCUGGUGCUGUGGGGUGGAAACUAAACCAGAGGAGGAAAGCUAAUAGAUUAUUUAUAAUACGAGACAUUGAGGCUCCUCCUAAGCUGAUAGAUGGAGAGGAAGCCACCCUGCACUGUACAGUGGACAACGACCCUGAGGACCUGUGUGUGACCUGGUGGAUAAGAAGAUCUGGACAGGAACAGGAGAUCCAGACGUCUCAGAUGAGAGGGCAUUCAGAAGAAGAAGAGGGUUUACUGGAUACGUCCUAUGUGAUCAGAUCCCAACGUGAUGGACAUCAGUGCAUAACAUCACUGAGCUUCAUACCCCAUAUAGAGAGACAUAGAGAUGUCACCUUCAUCUGUAGAGGAGUCUACGGUCAACAUCAGAAGGAGAAGACGUUUCACUGUAAGACUGUUUAUGUAAAGCCCAAGCUGUUGCAGCCAAUAACAAGAAGUCUACUGGACUCUGCAGAGAUAAAGUACUUACUCAGUCUGGAGAAAUUCUUUCCUAAAAGCAUCAAGAUUGUAUGGAUGUGUGGAGUGGAAAGAACAGAUGGUGCCCUAUCAUCCACUGAAUCACCAUCAGAUAAUCCUGACAGAACCUACAACAUCUCCAGUGAGGUCAGGAUUCCUGAGGAUCGUCACAAGGAUCCAGCAUUCAGAGUACAGGUGACCUGGGAGCAUAAAUCUAUGGACGAAACAGAAUUCAGGGAGCUGUCCAUCAGAGAUCCAGAUUACAGAUGGACUCCAGUUGUAGGAGAUAUUCAGAUUCCCCGUCUAUUUCACGGCUCCGCGACCACACUGCAGUGUAAUAUCUCCGAAUACUUCCCGGACGCAGUCACUGUGAAAUGGCUUCUAUCUCCUGAACACAGUGCGGAGUUAUAUGAAGAGAUUAACACUGCUAAUAACCAGAGAAUAAUAUCCAGGAGAGAAUCUGAUAACACCUACAGCUAUACAACCAGUCUGACCAUCACCCCCACACGGGGAAAACAUCAGGGGGCAGAAUAUAUAUGUCUGGUGGACCAUCCCUCUCUGGAGAAACCCAUAGAGAGAAGAACAGGGGGGCUACAAGUCUAUGCUGAACCCCAAAUGUUGGUGCCCAUAGAGAUCACUAUGCCAGAUUCAUUUCGUGUUCAGUUCUCUCUGAAUCUACAGAAGUUUUACCCUAAAGAUAUAAGAGUCUCCUGGCACAGGGUAAAUACAAAUGGUAAAUAUCAAUUAUCAGCUCAGCAAACAGUCACCACACAGGACGGUCUCAUAUAUGAUGUCACCAGUGUUCUCCAGAUUUAUGUUUAUAAAAUCAAGGAUCCACAGAUGAAAAUCAUUGUAGAAUGGGAACAUGAGACAAUGGAGAUACCAGAGAUAAGAUCACUAAGUAUCAGAGAUCUGCCCUGGCGUCCACAUGUUGGAUCUAUCAAUGUCCCCAAACUGGAAGAUGAGACAAAAGCCACAAUAACCUGUGAUAUAUCCGGAUAUUUCCCUGAUCUUCUAUCUAUAUUCUGGUUUAUGAAGAAGGACGGAAACCUGACGGCUCUGCCCAUAGAAUCAUCAAAGACGGAGAGGACUUACAAGAUCUCACAUAAGGAGAAGAGACAGAAAGAUAACACUUAUUCCUGUGAAGCUUCAUUGACUUUUACUCCAAUAAGUUCAGACCAAGGAUCAGAAAUCAUCUGUAGAGUGGGUCAUCCCAGCCUGGAGGGUCCUAUAGAGAGGAACACCGGACCCCUACACAUAGGUUGAAAAUCCAACAACGUGAACAUCCAGCACUGGCUUAUAUGACUACAUGAUCAUGAAACCAAGAACAGAUCAGAGAAUUGGAAACUUCGUGGAAUAUUUAUUAUCUACGACAGAUGAAGCAAUUCAAGACCUCCUAUACCGUAAUGCUUCUUUCUUAUAAAUGGAGCAUCGAGACGCUCAUGGAUGCCAUUGCUUCAUUUAUUCUCUACGGGAGUUGCGGAAGGUAGCAAGCUAUGUACUAAGCUAUCUUUGGCAGCUCCAUAGACAAUAAACAGAGCAGAGCCCCUUUCUGGACAUUGCAGGGGGGUUCCCAGCAGUCGGACCCCCAUGAUUAGACACUUAUCCCCCUAUCAUAUGGAAAGGGGAUUAGUUGUCCUUCACUGGACCACCACUUCAAGGUCUACAUCCGGCACAAAGAGGAAAAAAGUCUGAAUUUUGUUCAACUGCGCCACACUAGCCGAGUGGGUGGGGAUUUCUGCAGAAGGGGUGUGCCCUCUCCCACAUACUAAACGUCAUUACACUCCAGAAAUGUAUCCAGACCCCAUAUGGGCCAUUAUGCUCAUAAAAAAAGGCCAUAAAAUAAAAAACUAUUCUUAUAAACACCCCUCCACAAGCCACCCCCCGCUUCUAUUUCUGGCCUUUUUUUUUUCGGCUCAAGGCUGAAAACACCAUUUCUGCCUGAUCACAUUACAGCUUAACCCCCACCUUA